CAAUCCUCCAUCACGCCCGAACAUCUCGAACACAGCCAACAUGGCAACCUCAACAGAACCCGCGACCGCGUUCCAGUUCCCACCUCACUACUCCUUCCCGCCCUUCUUCACCCUCCAACCCGUCGCCACAACCCGCUCGUCCCAGAUGCAAUCGUGGUCGACCUUCAUCCAAUCCUACUGCCGCCACCACCGCAUCUUCCAGCUCUCCCUCGUCGACGCGCUCGCAACGCCGCUAUUCCACAACACCACACUGUCGCGGCAGCUGUCGCUGCGCGACGCAAAAGCGAUCCUGACGUGGAUGGCCAGCGCCGAGGGCGGGAGCCGCGCCGAGUUUAUAUCCAGCACGGGCUCGCGGUCGAAGAAGGCGGUCGACGAGGGCGAGGGGGGGCGCGUUUGGGUUUACUGGCGGAGGCCUGAGGAGUGGGCGGCGCAGUUGGAGGAGUGGGUUGACCGGACGGGGCAGAAGGGGGUGGUGCUCACACUUUAUGAGAUUGUCGAGGGGGAGGCGAGUAUGCGGGAGGAAUUCGCAGGGAUGGAUAUGGAGCUACUCAGGACGAGCUUGGGGGUCUGUGUUAAGAGAGGAAGGGCGCAGAUUUUCUCGAGUGGGGGCGAGGGCGAGGGUGUCAAGUUUUUCUAGGAGCCGGUGUGCAAGCACUUCGCUGGGAUAGACAGUGCAAGAGGGGAGGUUAUACAUUUGCUCAGAAGCAUGGCGUUAUGGUUGGAAAUACCCUGAAUAAGUAUAGAUAGACUACAUCUACGUUGAAGACGGAGGCUGUCUUUGAUGAACAAAGAU